UGCCCGGUGGCUUGGCCGUGCCGGGAGCUGAUGACAAUGGGCAAUUGUCGAGUUGGGGCCCCUCUCCUUUGAGUUUUCUUCCUUUUAUAGUAAUUAGCAGUUGCUCCGGCAGCUGGCCUGCCCCUGCGGGGUGAGCGCGGGGCUUGUAUAUAAGGGAAGGAGCAGCCUUUGCCUUUCACCCUCGGUUCAGUGGCUUCGCUAGGCAGCAGGACCCGUCCCUGCCCCUUCACACAGCCCCAGAACGAUGCCAAUCAAGAAACCUGACCCCAGGAAGGAAGCGGCCAAAGCAGCUCCGGCCCCGGAGCCCCCCCGAGAGCCUGCCUUUGAUCCCAAGAGCGUGAAGAUUGAGUUCACUGCAGAGCAGAUUGAAGAGUUCAAAGAAGCCUUCAGCCUGUUUGACCGCACGCCCGCCGGGGCCAUGCAGAUCUCCUAUGCCCAGUGUGGGGAUGUCCUACGGGCGCUCGGCCACAACCCCACCAACGCAGAGGUCCUGAAGGUGCUGGGCAAGCCCAAAGCAGAAGAAAUGAACACGAAGCUGCUGGACUUCGAGGCCUUCCUGCCCAUCCUGCAGCACUUCACCCGCACCAAGGAGCAGGGCACCUUCGAGGACUUUGUGGAAGGGCUGCGUGUCUUUGACAAGGAGGGCAAUGGCAUGGUGAUGGGUGCCGAGCUGCGCCAUGUGCUGGUCACACUGGGAGAGAAGAUGACAGAAAGCGAGGUGGAGCAGCUGAUGGCAGGGCAAGAAGAUGCCAACGGCUGUAUCAACUAUGAAGCUUUCGUCAAGCACAUCAUGUCUGGGUGAGAGAAGAAACUCCAGCUCUCAGCAGUGUUGGAACCCACCCGAGCACCACAAGCAGUGAGAUUCCUCCACCCGUGUCCCCUCCACGCUGGAUGUCACACAUCUGCAGAUGUGCCACCACGGAGAGCUGGCCUCCAUGAGCGUGUGCCGAAGCCUCGGUGGACAAUGAGACCUCUGCAGCUUGGGUUUAACCCUUAAGUUAUUCUGUUCAGUCUUUUUUUUCCUGUGACAUUUGGCUCAUUAAAUUGCAUCCUUCUUCCCU